AUGUCUUCGAAAUUGGUUCUCCUACUGUUUGCAACGUCGGCGGUGCUCAUUUCAUGUGAUCCGAUUCCGGAUGCUGAAGCAAAGCCAGAUGCUUUGGCCAAAGCUGAGCCCGCCCCGGCUCCUUUUGCUUGGGCCAAUCCUUUCGCAUGGGCUAAAGGUGGCGGCGGAGGUGGACUAUCCAGUGGCAUGGGUGGAAAAGGUGGCGGCGGAGGUGGAUUAUUUGGUGGAAAAGGCGGCGGCGGAGGUGGAUUAUCUGGUGGAAAAGGCGGCGGCGGAGGUGGCUUAUUCAGUGGCAAAAGUGGAAUGGGCGGUGGUGGAGGCGGCGGUGGAGGUGGUGGUGGUCGUAGUC